AUGGAUAAUAAUCAAUAACAAUAAAUCUUUGAAUUCUAUACUUUUUGCAAAACAUAUUAACUUCAAACAAAGAGAACAUUUUUAUAAGAGGAAUUAAUUGGAUCUGGAAAUGAAGGUUAAGUGUUUCUAGCCAAACCAUAAGACUGGUGUUUUAAUGUGAAUCAAGUAGCGAUAAAAAUACAGCAAGUGCAUAAUGAGAAAAUUUUUGAAUUUUAUUAGAAGCUAUCAUAGCAACAACUUAAAUUAAAUCAAAAUGAAUCUAAUGAAAAAUCAUACAUUAUCAAAAUUUAUGAAAUAUGUGUAACUCAAUAAAAAAAUUUAGUAAUAAUUAUGGAAAAAGGUGGAUAAGAUUUAUAUAAAUAUUUCAAAGAAAAUAAAGAAAUAGAUUUUAAAAGAAAAGAAUAGAUUUGCUUAUAAGUAUAAUUUUUACUAUUUAUAAAAUAGUUAGCAUUAGCUAUUAAAUAAUUGCAUCAACUAGACUAUGUACAUAGAGAUAUAAAACCUGAAAAUUUUGUUAUUGUAAAUAAUGAAUUUAAAUUAAUUGAUUUUGGACUAACUAAAUCAAUAGAUGAAAAAUAAAUGACUAUGAAUGUUGGAUCUAGAAUAUUCUAAGCUCCUGAAAUAUUAUAUGGAGAUGGUAAUUAUACAUUUUCAGUUGAUAUUUGGUCAUUAGGAUGUACAUUUUUUGAGAUUUUUGCAAAUUAAGAAUUAAUAUAAGGUAAAAUUUUAAUAAAUUAUUAAGCUAAAACAUAUUUAGAUGCAUUAAAUAUAAUAGUUAAUCAUAUUAAGAGUUAGAAAUAUAUUUAUAAUAGAAUAGAAACAUUAAAUAUUUCAUAAGCAUGGAAAGAUUUAAUUAAAAAAAUGUUUAAUCAUCUACCAAAUGAGAGAAUUACUUCUAAUGAAGUUGUAUUAACAAUUCAAUCCUUUUUAAAUGUAAUAAAUAAUAAGUCUACUAACAACUUCUUAUUACAAAAUAAUUAGCGUUUUUAGAGUCCUCUAUUUAAUCCUCCAUUUCUUAAUUCCCAAUAGAAUAUUCCUUAAAUAAAUAAUAAUUUUCCUCAGUAAUAGAAUGGUGUUAUUCAGAAUAAUAAUGCAUUUCUUAAUAUAAAUGGCAAAAAUAAUCAUUUCUAGGGUUCUAAUCAAUAAAUGUAAAACAAAUGUAAUGAAAAUUAAUAAUUCCAUCCUCCAAAAUUUUUAACUCCUAAUUUACAAAAUUUUCCAAAUGUAUAAUCAACUAAAGCUUAAGUUUAAUAAAAUAGUCAGACCAACAUCUGUUUAAUGACAUAAUAAGAAUAAAUACCAAAAUAAAAUGGCAUCUUAAAUCAACAUUAAUAUGUGUUAUCUACAUAAUAAUUCCCAAAUUAAAACAAUGAUUAACAAAUGUUUUUCAAUAAUGAUACAAAAUUUCAAGUACAAGAAUAAAUAACUUAAUAAUUCAAUUAGAGAAUUCAGAAACUUGAGACAGAUUUAUAAGCUGCAAGAAAUGAAAUUAAAAAUUUACAAGAUGAAAAUAAUAAAUUAAAAAAUGAAAAAUAAUUAUUAUCAGAUGAGAAUGGAGAAAUUAAAAAUUAAAUAAGAACAUAUAUAUAACAAUAAUAAAGUUCUAUUGAAGUUCUUCACAAAUAUAUAAAUUAGAGUCAAUAGUAAUAAAAUUGA